GGAGGAGUGUCGGAAUUAAGUUUUAAAUGCUAGGAAGGGCCCCUCCUACCCCGCCUUUGUCUCGUUUUCUACUGCCCCAUGUCCCUUAGAACAUGCAGGAAAUUAUGGCGGAUUCAAUCUUCUCACUCACCCAAAUUCCCAACCAUAAAAGCUCUCACACAACCCCCCCAAACACUUCCUAGUUCUUGAAGCAACAAAACUCAUCAUGCAAAAAGUGAGAAGCCACGGCCAAAAAGAAAGUAAAAGAAACCCACUUCUAUACUAUCAUUGCAAUCAAAUCCAACAAGAAAAGCAGCCAUGAUUUUUGCACUUCCUUUGCCAAUCACUCUUUUCAAAUCCGUUCACACUUGAAAAAAGCAAAAACGAAAAAAGAAAAACUUCCGGCCACUCUUCCCAAGUACUCUACUCGAUCUUAACCAAACAAAAAAUUAUAAGAACGAAGAAAUUAUGGAGAUUGAAUCAGCCAAGUGCGAGUGUUGUGGCCUCAAAGAAGAUUGUACCCAAGACUACAUAACCGAAGUCAAGGCCAAAUUUGAUGGCAAAUGGCUUUGUGGGUUGUGCUCAGAAGCGGUAAGAGAUGAAGUUAGCAGAGCAAAAAAGCCAUUCGCAAUGGAAGAAGCUGUGAAGGCUCACAUGUCAUUUUGUGGUAAAUUCAAAUCAAACCCGGCGGUUCGAGUUGCAGAUGGGAUGAGGCAGAUGCUUAGGAGAAGGUCAGGGGAUACAUCUUCUUCUCCAUCUUCCGGGGAUCAUAUCAUUUCAAAUGGAGGCUGCAUCUCGGUUUUCCUAGUUCUUGAAUAAUAUUGGGCUUUGCAGUGAUCGGAUGUGAAUGGGGUGCAUUUAGUAACUAUAUUAUAGCCGUUGAUCUUUGGAAUAUCAACCAAGUACUUCAUGUUUGAGCUACCCAGUGAUCUUCAUUUCUGGUCGUAAGAUAACCUUGAAGAUUUCUUUGAUUAAAAGAACUUAUCUACUUGUAUUAAGAUAGCCCAAAGCUGUGUAACUCAUGAGGUUAGAAAAUGGAUUAUCCUUCUUACAAAUGUAGGCAGAGACCCAACUCAUAAAGUGGAAAACAAAGUUUAAUAUGUGUAAAUAUGCAUGUUUGAUUGAAUCCUCAACAGUAGUAGUGAUGGUCCUGAAAAUCACAUAUGAUCAAUGAUAAUGAUAGUUUUUGGGCAUAUGCAUUCUCUUAAGAAAAUGAGAUCAUUUAUGGAAAGAG